AAUCAGAACUCUCGUAUCAGAUUAAAAAGACCCAACCCCACGCCUCUAACUUGCGCCUGGGCUUCGUCAAAACCUGUCCUACACACUCUUAUCCUUGACCUACCAAGCCCAUCUUCUUCUUCGACUCUAUAACACUUGUUACAGUACCAUACACUCCACACUCGUUGCUCUUGAACACGGACUACAUGGCACUGACCUUUCCUUUAACAAAUCUGAGGUCUAUUUGUUUUCACCGGCAAAACCCUAGGAGUUCUCUUAACGUUAAACAUAUUCUGUUCAGUUACAAUGAGUCCUCCAAACCCUCAUUUCGCAUUUCAGCAGAUUUAGCCCCAAAAGCUCGAUUCGUUGCUCGGCGCAGGGAGUCGGUUUCGGUUAAACAACUCGAACGGCCUCUAGUUGAGUACAUGAGUUUGCCUGCGAGCCAGUACUCUGUGUUGGAUGCUGAGAGGAUUGAACGUGUGGAUGAUAACACGUUUCGGUGUUAUGUGUAUAGGUUUAGGUUCUUUGCUUUUGAGGUUUGCCCUGUUUUGAUGGUUAAAGUGGAGGAGCAGCCCAAUGGUUGCUGCAUUAGGCUCUUGUCUUGUAAACUUGAGGGCUCGCCAGUUGUGGUUGCACAGAAUGAGAAGUUUCAUGCUUCUAUGGUGAAUAAAAUAUCAUGUGACAGCAAUCAGAGCAACUCGUUGGUGCAGCAACUCACUUCAGAUACUGUCAUUGAGGUUAUUAUUGAUAUUCCUUUUCCAUUUCGAGCGAUUCCUGUCGAAGCAAUAGAAUCAACUGGGGCCCAAGUCCUUGAACAAAUACUAAGGAUUAUGCUUCCUCGUUUUAUGGCGCAGCUGGUAAAGGACUAUCAAGCUUGGGCUUCAGGGGACGCCUCAAGGCAACCUCUUGGAACAGGUGAGAUUUAAUAUUGCAAGGAAAACCACUAGUUACUGCUGUACUCUUUUUCUUUUUGUUAACUUCACCUUAAUCAUGUACCAUAAAACAGUACCUUAAUGCCAAUCCAAUUAUGUAUUUAUCAUUU